CUAAAACGUUUUUUUCCGGUUAAACAAUUUUAAAAAACAUGUUGCAAAUUUUCAUAAGACUAGAUAAUCAUUAUAACUCUUUAAAUGAUUAGAUAACACACCAAAUAUUAACAAAACGUCGUUUGGUGAUCUGAUAGUGGAACACCACUGUGCAUCAUGUUCAUUUUAGUGGCUUUUUUAAUACCACUGUUAGGCAUAACUGGUACCAUUUAUCUUGGUAUAUUUUGUGCCAUCUUUGGUUAUUUCUAUUACUACGUCAAAAGGCAGCAAAAUGUUUGGCACCAAAAAGGUAUCAAGUACUGCAAACCCAAAUUUCUUUUGGGUUCACUUGAAAUAAUUCGUAGCAAAAGUUUGGCUCAAAUAAUACAAGAACUCUACAAUGCCUUCCCUGAAGAAAGGUACCAUGGAUUUUACCAAUUUCUACUGCCAACCCUGAUCAUUAAAGACCCCGAUUUGAUCAAACAAAUCACGAUUAAAGAUUUUGAUCAUUUUGUCAACCACCGAAGAUUUGUAAACGCCGAUGAUGAUCCCUUCUGGAGUCGCAAUUUAUUUGCAAGAAGGGACGAAAAGUGGAGAGAUAUGCGGGCUACUCUAAGCCCUUCGUUCACCAGCAGCAAAAUGAGGAUCAUGUUCGAACUAAUGGACGAAUGUGCUAGAGAAUUUGUCCAACAUUUCAAAAGUCAAAACUCUGACACCGUCGAGUUGGAAAUGAAAGACACUUUGAGAAGAUUCACCAACGACGUGAUUGCUAGCACAGCCUUUGGCUUGAAAAUUAACUCGCUGAAAGACCGAAAAAACGAAUUUCUACUAAUGGGUGCGGCCGCCACCGACUUUGGCUACAUAAGAACUAUGAAAUUUUUAUUGUACACCUUAAGCCCAAAACUAUGCCAGUUACUAAAAAUGAAAAUUAUCCCAACCAAAGUCGCCGAUUUUUUCACCGUGAUUAUAAAAGACACAAUUAAGAAACGGAAAGAAAAAAAUAUUAUUCGCCCCGACAUGAUCCACUUGCUACUGGAAGCCCAAAAAGGACGCCAACACCCGGAAGAACACUUGGAUAUUGACGAAGGAUUCUCUUCCGUAUCCGAAUCAAAACUAACGAAACCAAACGAAAAACUAGAAAUCACAACUGAAGACAUAAUAUCCCAAGCGUUGAUUUUCUUCCUCGCGGGUUUUGACACAGUCUCCACCCUCCUCAACUUCCUAUUCUACGAACUCGCAGUCAAUCCAGACGUACAAACGCGACUCAGAACGGAAAUCCAGUCAGUUGACGAAAAAAUCACUUAUGAAACUCUGUUAAAACUGAAAUAUCUAGACAUGGUGAUGUCGGAAGCCCUCCGGAAAUGGCCACCAGCUAUCGCCACGGACCGAGAAGUCGCGAAAAAUUACACAAUCGAACCGACAAAACCUGACGAAAAACCCUUGCUUCUGGAGGAGGGGAUGCUCUGUUCGAUACCAAUUUGUGCAAUACAUCGAGAUGAAAAAUACUAUCCUGAGCCGGAAAAAUUUGACCCGGAGAGGUUCAACGAUGAGAAUAAGCACAAAAUAAACCCCCUCACUUUUAUACCGUUUGGGGCAGGCCCCCGAAAUUGUAUCGGUUCCAGGUUUGCGCUUUUGGAAAGCAAGUUGUUGGUUUUUCACGUGGUGAAAAAUUUUGAAAUCGUUCCAAUUGACAAAACCCUAAUUCCGCUAGUGAUGGACAAGUAUCAGAUCAAUUGGAGUGUCAAAGGAGGGACAUGGCUAGGACUGAAGAAUAUUUAGUCAGAAACCGUUAAUAAAGUUAAUUAUGCUGUAA